CAGGUAAGGCACAGUUUGGUGCAAGAGAAAGAACAACAGCAGCUCCCGCAGCAGCAAAAGCCGACUGACAACCAAAAUGACCUCUUCUGGAAUGAACAUGAUGAGCAGGAUCGUCUUCUACGAGGACCGGAACUUCCAGGGUCGCUCCUAUGAGUGCAUGAGCGACUGCCCAGACAUGUCAUCCUACCUGAGCAGGUGUCACUCCUGCCGGGUGGAGAGAGGCUGCUUCAUGGUCUACGACCGCACCAACUACAUGGGCAACCAGUACUUCAUGAGGAGGGGCGAGUACGCAGACUACAUGAGCAUGAUGGGCAUGAGCGACGGCAUCCGGUCCUGCCGCAUGAUCCCCAUGUACAGAGGAUCCUACAGGAUGAGGAUCUACGAGAGGGAGAACUUCGGGGGUCAGAUGUACGAGAUGACGGACGACUGCGACAGCAUCAUGGACCGCUACCGCAUGUCCAACUGCAUGUCCUGCAACGUGAUGGACGGCCACUGGCUGAUGUACGAGCAGCCCCAUUACAGAGGCAGGAUGAUGUACAUGAGGCCCGGCGAGUACCGGAGUUUCAGCAACAUGGGCUGGAGCGGGAUGAGGUGGAUGAGCAUGAGGCGCAUCACCGACUCCUACUACUAAACUCUCUUUGCACUGAAUAAAGCUGUCAAAAAA